UCUGCGUACAAUGGCCCGAAGGUUAUCGCCUACCGGUGGCCGCCGCCUGGCCCUUCCUGGGCGCCCUCGGCGGAGCACCCACCCUCGCACCGCUGCAGCUGCCCGUCUCCAUGCCGGUGGCCCAGCGCCGCCAUCGGUUUCCGUGGCGGCGGUGCGGCGGCCCAAUCGGCAUCGGCGCACAUGCCGCUGCAGCGGCCAGCGCGGCCACGCCCAUUAUGCUGGCACCACGCCCACCGCACAACGCUGUCCAAGCAGCGACCACAGCAGCAGCAGCGCCACGGCGGAGUGUAUACUAUGAUCCCUUCUUAGCAGCCGCUGCUUCCGCUGAUCCGAAUCUACGCUUCCAGGCAGCCAAACCGGUCACUGAAGUUCCAGCCGCUCAGCCAGCCGCCAUAUUAAAUGCCACUGCUCCGCUGCUAAAGACACCGCUGUCUCAGGCCCAGCAGCAGGCGUACGCCACGGCGGCCACCACCUACACGGCGGUAGCUGCCCGGGCCGCCUAUGGAGCCGCUGCAGCAGCAGCCGCCAGCGGCAUCGCCGGCUAUGCCACCGUACUGGGUAAAUAUGCGCGCGAGUAUGCAGAUCCUUAUCUAGGACAUGGCAGACCAGUGCCUGGCUAUGGGGCCAUGUAUCGCGGUGGCUUCAAUCGUUUCACGCCAUAUUAAGAACAAUCUAUGCCAGUCAGCCAAAUAAUGCACUCGAACUACUCUCGACGAAAAAAUGCUCAAUAAUAAUAUUAAUAAUAUGAACAACAAGCAGCAAGCAAUGCGAAUAAGUUAGUAACUUAGACGUAAAUACUCCUCUCCCUACGAUGCAGUAAGUAGAAGUUACAACCAAAAACUAAACCGAUAGAUGCAAGAUACUCAACACACAACAACAACAACAACAACAACAGCCAGAGACAGGAGCCACAAGAACAAAAUCCUUGGACCUUGGAGAGUUGAAAAUCAAAGCUAAGCAACAAAGAAACAAAACUAAAAA